AUGUCUCACAACACCAGAGCAGAGAAAACCACCACUCUAGAGAGAGACGGGGUCAAACGAAGCCCUGGGGCAAAAAACAAAGGUGGAGUAGACUUAGGGGGCAAGAAAGGAACAACAGAUGUUCAUGAAGGUAGCCUUAAAGUAGGGCAUGAUGGGACAGGACAUGGCAGAAAGAGCCCUCAAGGAGGGCAUGAGGAGGGACAUAAUUCAAGUGGAAGGGGACAUCACAGGGGCAAAAGGGUGAGCGAUACCCAGAGCAUUACAACAAAGACCUACUCACCCUUUUUGAAUUCACUCUUCAGCAAGGAAAGAGAUUUGGCCCCUGAGGAAAUGGAUGAGCUCCAUGCAGCCUUUGUAGAGUUUGAUGCAGAUCAGGACGGGUACAUUGGAUACAAGGAGCUUGGAGAGUGCAUGAGGACAAUGGGGUAUAUGCCAACAGAGAUGGAGCUGAUUGAAAUCUCCCAACACAUAAAAAUGAGAAUGGGAGGCAGAGUGGAUUUUGAGGACUUUGUGGAACUUAUUGGUCCAAAGAUGUUGGCAGAAACUGAAAAUAUGGUAGGAGUGAGAGAGCUCAAGAUUGCAUUCAGAGAGUUUGAUGUGAAUGGGGAUGGGCACAUUAGUCGUCUUGAAAUGCAAGAUGCUGCUCAAAGCUUCCUGGGUGAGCCUCUGAAUCCAAGUGAAGUUCAGGAGAUUAUUCAUGAUGUAGAUCUGAAUGGAGAUGGCAGAGUUGAUUUUGAUGAAUUUGUCAUGAUGUUGUCAUCAAGAUAAGCUCCAUUGGUGUGAACAUAUCCCAAAAUGCAAUGAUGUCCUAAAUAGAUCAGGACCAGGGUUAUGCACCCAACCUGGAUGUGAUUUUUGUGUUUAUACGUUGAUCAAUGAUGUAUGUGCAUUUCAUAAUAGUUGUCUUUUUUCCUUAUUCAAAAGAUACAAUAAAAUUGGCAGUCACAU